UUUCUUUCACUUCCGGUUGUAAACAAAAGGCGGCCGAACAGAAGGAGUUUGAAUGGAAAUCAUGUAACUUGGUAUAUAAGGAGCAAAGGUCCAGUUUAGUUCCACCAUGGUGAUUGAGAGUGUACAGAUUCGACAGCGGGGGGCAUACGACUUUGAGAGUCACUAUGACAACCUGUGUGCCAUGCAGGACUCCUGCCCCCUUCCUGCUGUUAAGGCUCACCUGGCACAAGGUGUCCUUGACAUUAAUGGAGACAGGGUCAGAGUGAAUGACUGGGCUCCAAUCUUGAACACAAUGAAGAUCAACAAAAGUCUGGAGUUUAUUGCAAUACGGAGUUACUACACCCCACCAUCAGAGGAAAAUGAGAAGAAAGCGUUGAUAGAGAAGCGUAAGAUGCCAUCUAUCAGGUCUAAGGAGAUCACCUACAGACUGUGUAAGGCCCUGAAGGAGUGCCUGAUGUGUACCCCCACACUGGCCUGUCUGGAGCUCCAGGGACUACCCCUCAGGGAGAGGGACCUACAGACACUCAUCAAGGGUCUGGCAAAGAAUGAGACGCUGAACCACCUGUCAGUAGAGUUCUGUAGGAUCGGGGACGGAGGGCUAGAAGUCCUGUGUAAAGGAAUAAAGAACCAGACAUCUAUCAGCUCCAUCAACCUGACAGGCUGUAGUCUCUCCAGCAAAGGGGCCGAUGCGCUAGCCAAGGUCAUCAAGCACCAGGCUAUGAAGCGCCACAAUGAGGCGUGGAGAGACAGUCUCCGUUACCGGCGACCCGACCUUGACAGAAUGCCAGGCAUCCGUCGGAUCACCAUCAACAACAAUCCGAUGCUCGGGGACCAGGGGGCAGCACUGCUGGCCGAGGCUCUCAAAGACGACCUCUGGCUCAAAGCCCUGGACCUACAGAGUUGUGGGAUUUCUACAGAGGGAGCCCGACAGUUACUGGAUGUCCUCAAGUACAACACAACUAUUGUGGUACUGGAUGUGCGCAGAAACCCACUCAUAGAUCGAGAUGUGGUUCAUUCCAUCAUGGAACAGCUGAUGAUCAACUGUAAUGGACAGGACACAGAGUACAAGUGGAUAAAAGCCGAGGAAUCUUUAGACAGUGGUAAAAAGAAGAAGAGGAGAACCAAGACACUGAACAGCAGCUUUGGUCGAAAAACCACCAUCAGGGUGUCAGCUGGUGCCCAGCGUAGGAGAACAAAGUCAGCAAGUUCACUUGGGGUCACACACAAGAUUCAGCCAAUCAGCUCUGAGGGCGUGAAAUCUGGGCCUGGAAUGCCUUGGAGGACAGCAGCAAGAGCCAACAGAUACAGGGGAUUUCCGCCUGAACACAUCCCUGGUAAGGCGAGUUUGUUUGAGAACAGUGAGGCCUCCCCCACCUCUUCCCCCGAUCACACUCAGUCCAUACUCAUCAACGCGGAGGACGAAGAGCUGGACACGCUCAGGGAACUGGAGAGACUCAAACUCGACGACAGUAACCUCGACACGGGCGUCGCUAAUGUCAAGGAACUACAGAUUGAACUUAUCCAAGUAAAGAGGAAGAUGCAGCAGGAAAAGCUUGCUCGAGCACGUGCAGACAAGAGAGUAGUAGAGUUGACCCUGGAGAACAAGCGGCUGAGAGAUGAGGUCCUGAGACAGAAGGGUCAGUCGUCUGGCAGCGUGCUGGACGAUGAUAAAGUCCUGGACAGUAUCGAGGCCUCCUUCAAACAGUUCCACCAGUUCCUGGAUCUGUUAAGGGAAGCAGGGUUGGGUCAGCUGAUCACUAUGGCAGGCUUGGAUCAGAAGGAGUCACCCUUCUCUCAGGGCCUGGCUCAGGCCAAACAGACAAGUCAAAGGUCAAACAAACCCCUCUACACCUCAAGCCCCUCCAAGAUCCCCGUCAGGCCCACCAAACCCACCAUGAAGUCCUCCUACUUUGGGGACAUCUCCGCUGUAGGGAGGGUGGGCAGCUCCACCACCGGCCCCAAGGGUGGGGAUAACGACGCCAACUUGUCCGCAUUUGACAAGAAGUUCCGGGAUUUCCACGACGGAUCCUUCAUUGAUGAGGAGAAAUACAUGAGGAACGUUGAUCCUACGAUGGAGGGCGAGUACCAGGACAGUAGUUAUGAUCGAGGGCCGAUGAGGAAGGACGACCUCUACGAGAGAAUCUUACACGAAACAAGCGGGAUGUUCUCUCAUGUCAGGCCAGACAAUUCCACCGUGGCAGACAUCUUACCAGCAAAGGACCUCAGUCAAUCAGAGAAAAUGGACUUCUCAACCAAAGGACGAGUUUCUCCAAAGGAGGAAAAAGAAUCGGUAAAAAACAGAAAAAAGCAAGGAGACGUGAGAAAAGAGAAUAAAUCGGAUCUGUUUUCUGAGGACUUUUCUCAUGGAUUACGAGAGGAAAUCCUACAAGACCUGCCAGACUUUGAGACCAGUGAGACGGAAGUAUCGGAGUUACCGAGUAGACCGAAGCCUCAACCUCGAGGCAGAAAACUCAGUGACGACGAGAGCAAGGCUCGGUCAAAGCGAGACAUUCAGAGUGAGAAAGAAUCACCCGAGCACAAGUCUAAGAUGAGUGAUUAUAACUAUAGCAUGGAAAGCUUCGAGCAGUCUUACAUCAGUGAGAGGGGGGAACUUGUACAGGACCUGAAUAUGUUAGAAAGUGGGGCCUCCCCCUCCCCUGAGUUUAUUGAUAGUGACAAUGAAGACUUUUAAAUGGGAGCCUCUCACAUAUA